AUGGAAAAACAAGAUAGAGAAGAAGCAGUACUCGCCUCUGGAAAAUAUCAUCUUCAGAAAAAACAAACUGACACUGGACAGGAUGAUGAGAAGCUCAUGGCUUCACUAGGAUUGGUAGAAGAUGGCUCUCGUGCUGGACAAGGGAGUCAGUCGAAGCAAGUCACUAUGCAGGAUCAGGUGACAAGCCCAAUUAUGAUUGAGGAUGAUGAUGAUAACCAAUCUAAUUCUGUUGAUAAUAGAACUCCAGAGAAUCAAACUAAUUCUAAUGAUGAAAUCCGCGCCACUAAUACAUGUGAUAACUUGGAGAAUCAAUCUAAUGCAAAUAGCGGGGAUAACACUAACGUGCAAGAAAGUGAAUCUCAAUCAAAAAGAAAUUCAUCAAGAAGACGAAUAUCUCCAAGGAUCACUUGUGAACAAGAAAAAUUUCAGGCCCUGUUGAAAGAAUUAUCUAUGCCUGCCAAGGGAGAGAAAGCUGAAAAUGUUGAUGAGGAGGAGGAUGCUAAUGGAUCUCAAACACCUAAACGUAAACUAUGCAACAUGUCAACUGCUUCUUCUACUGAUAAAUCUGACGCGUUCAGAUAUUCUUUAUCGUAUGUCCCUAAGAAACAAAAAAAUGCCAAAGUUGAAAGGGAAGGUUCUCUAGGUUCUUUGGAUAUCGAUGAGAAAAGAGAUGCAAAAUAUAACAAUUUUAUAACAAGAGUCGAGAAGAUUAAGACCAGGAGGUACUUUGAUUAUCGAAAUGGCACUAUAACUAUUAUCAAGUUAUCUACUGAUCUGCAUAAAGUUACAUAUACUCGAUUUAGUCGUCAGUUUUUGAGUGCUUUUAGUAAUGUAACACAGCAAGAUGAUAAGAAGAUUGAUGAUUAUUGGCUACAUCCAAAUCGCUGUGAAGAUGUGAUCGUUAUCAAAAUAGGUGACUGGCGUAUAAGACGUCGUAAUAGUAAUGGUACUACCAGACGCCUUUUGCAUCAUUUGUGGUGCUUAAAAUUCUGUCAGGCUGAAACCCUUCGGCAAAAUCUGAAUACUACAACUUUCGAUUCAAUCGAAAUUGAGUUCAGAUCUGUUUUUGCCAAUGGAAGGGAGAGCUAUUUUUGCACCGGGCCUCAUAUUAAAUGGCUUACCAUCGACUGUGAUUGUAUUUUUAAUAGUUGUCCACAACCUCUUCCUUCAUUCUAUCAUAUCGCAUUUUCAUGA